CAGAAAAUCUAAAAAGCUGUGUGCUGCAAUUGCGCAGUAUGGCUUCUAAACCAGCGGUGCCCAAGUUUUGGGUUCUCCCAGGCUCUCUCUUUUCUCCAUUUUUCUUCCUAUUUCUACUUGUGUCGAUCAUGGGUUCCAUAGUUUGGACUAGAAAUGACCAGAAAUCAUCAAAAGAACGCUUCUUAUACCAAGAAAUUAGUCUUUCUGCUAACUUGUGCCGGUCUUCUGGGCUCCGCUCUCAUUGCAGAUAUUCUUUGGACAUCGUCUUCCUCUUCAUCUUCUGCGUAUUUGUCCAUUGCAUCAAAUUGGGCGCUCGAGAGAACCAAGUUUCCAGUUGUACCAGAUGAAUCGACUGAUAAUGCUGGCAAGGAAGUAUCUACUCUAGAAGAAAAGAGGAUUGAUUCUAGAAAAUUCUUGCCUGGAACCUAUUUUGAUUUACCUGCACCUGAUUUAGAAUGGGAGGAGAUGCCAUCAGCCCCUGUACCUCGUCUUGAUGGAGCAGCGAUUCAGAUUAAGAAUAUAUUUUACGUGUUUGCAGGAUAUGGAACCAUCGAAUAUGUGCAUUCUCAUGUUGACAUGUUCAACUUCACCGAUAAUACAUGGGUUGGGAAGUUUGAUAUGCCUAAAGAGAUGGCACAUUCUCAUUUAGGAGUAGCAAGUGAUGGCAGAUACAUUUACGUGGUAUCGGGACAAUACGGACCCCAAUGCAGAGGGCCUACAGCUCGGACAUUCGUGCUUGACACUGAGACGAAGAAGUGGAAUAGUAUGCCUCCAUUACCUGCUCCUAGGUAUGCUCCAGCAACGCAAUUAUGGAGGGGAAGACUCCAUGUGAUGGGUGGUAGCAAGGAAAACCGCCAUACACCUGGAUUGGAGCACUGGAGCAUUGCUGUAAAAGAUGGUAAAGCAUUGGAGAAGAAGUGGCGGGAUGAAGUGCCCAUACCCCGUGGAGGACCACACAGGGCUUGUGUCGUGGCCAAUGAUCGGCUUUUUGUUAUCGGUGGUCAAGAAGGCGACUUUAUGGCCAAACCCGGUUCACCUAUUUUUAAGUGCUCCCGUAGGCAUGAGGUUGUUUAUGGUGAUGUUUACAUGCUGGAUGAUGAAAUGAAAUGGAAAACAUUAACUCCCAUGCCAAAACCCGAUUCUCAUAUUGAGUGUGCUUGGGUUAUUGUCAAUAAUUCACUUAUCGUCUCCGGUGGUACAACCGAAAAGCACCCAAUUACCAAACGGAUGAUCUUGGUUGGGGAGGUCUUCCGAUUCGAUUUUGAUUCAUUAGCUUGGUCAGUGAUUGGAAAGCUUCCUUACCGCAUAAAAACCACACUAACUGGUUUUUGGGAUGGAUAUUUGUACUUUACUUCAGGGCAGCGGGACCGAGGACCCGAUAACCCGCAGCCAAGGCAGGUUGUAGGAGAUAUGUGGAGAACCAAGUUAAGGAUUUAAGCUUAUGAUACUAUUUUUUUUUUCCAUCAACUUUAUGAGAUGUUGAUGCCUUCUCCAUUUGGCAGUUUUUGGUCUAGAUUUUUUGUUGAAUUGUUAAAAUACUUAGAUGUUCAUUAAUUCCUCUAUGAAUAGAGGUUAAUCUCUUGUAAUGACAUACUUAUUUCUUUGAUAAUUCUUGGAGAUUUUCUCCUUUGUCGUGUAGGUUAAACCGCCCAGGUAACAUCAUUGUUCAAACUCAAAGAUCUGAGUUAAAUGACAACUUCAAUUCCAUACAUAUCUCAUGCAAGGCCA